GUCUGUGUAUGAUGACCAGCCAAAUGCGCACAAGAAGUUCAUGGAAAAGUUAGAUGGUUGUAUCCGUAAUCAUGACAAGGAAAUUGAAAAGAUGUGUAAUUUUCAUCAUCAAGGUUUUGUAGAUGCGAUUACAGAACUCCUUAAAGUAAGGACAGAUGCAGAAAAACUGAAGGUGCAAGUUACUGAUACAAACCAAAGAUUUCAAGAUGCUGGGAAAGAGAUGAUAAUACAAACAGAAGAUAUUAUUCGAUGUAGAAUUCAGCAGAGGAAUAUUACAACUGUAGUAGAAAAAUUGCAGUUAUGUCUUCCAGUGCUGGAAAUGUACAGUAAGCUCAGAGAACAGAUGAGUGCAAAAAGGUAUUAUUCUGCCCUAAAAACUAUGGAACAAUUAGAGAAGGUAUAUUUUCCCCGCGUUAGUCAAUACCGGUUUUGUCAGUUAAUGAUAGAAAAUCUUCCUAAACUCCGUGAGGAUAUUAAAGAAAUCUCCAUGUCUGACCUCAAAGACUUUUUGGAAAGCAUUCGAAAACAUUCUGACAAAAUAGGAGAAACAGCAAUGAAACAGGCACAGCAGCAGAAAAUCUUCAGUGUUGCUCUGCAGAAGCAAAAUAAUGUAAAAUUUGGGAAGAAUAUGUAUAUAAAUAAUGAUAGAAUUCCAGAAGAAAGAAAGGAAAUUGUACUGAAACAUGUUCUUGAGGAAGAGGAUGAGAAUGAAGAGGAGGUCUUAAGUGUUCAGGAUCUCGUUGAUUUUUCUCCUGUUUACCGAUGUUUACAUAUUUAUUCUGUUUUGGGUGAUGAAGAAACAUUUGAAAAUUACUACCGAAAACAAAGAAAGAAACAAGCAAGACUGGUUUUGCAGCCCCAGUCCAGUAUGCAUGAAACAGUUGAUGGCUACAGAAGAUAUUUCACUCAGAUUGUAGGGUUCUUUGUGGUGGAAGAUCAUAUUUUACAUGUGACGCAAGGAUUGGUAACCAGGGCAUACACUGAUGAACUUUGGAACAUGGCCCUUUCAAAGAUAAUCGCUGUCCUUAGAGCUCAUUCAUCUUAUUGCACUGACCCUGAUCUUGUUUUAGAGCUGAAGAAUCUCAUUGUAAUUUUUGCAGAUACUUUGCAGGGUUAUGGUUUUCCUGUGAACCGACUUUUUGACCUUUUGUUUGAAAUAAGAGAUCAAUACAAUGAAAUACUGCUUAAGAAAUGGGCUGGAGUUUUCAGGGACAUUUUUGAAGAAGAUAAUUAUAGCCCCAUCCCUGCUAUCAGUGAAGAAGAAUAUAAAAUAGUCAUCAGCAAAUUUCCCUUUCAAGAUCCAGAUCUUGAAAAGCAAUCUUUCCCAAAGAAGUUUCCCAUGUCUCAGUCAGUACCUCAUAUUUACAUUCAGGUUAAAGAAUUUAUUUAUGCCAGCCUUAAAUUUUCAGAAUCACUACACCGGAGCUCAACAGAAAUAGAUGAUAUGCUUAGAAAAUCAACAAAUCUGCUGCUGACCAGAACUUUGAGUAGCUGUUUACUGAACCUCAUUAAAAAACCACAUAUAGGUUUGACUGAGCUAGUACAAAUCAUCAUAAACACAACACAUUUGGAACAAGCUUGUAAAUACCUUGAGGACUUUAUCACUAAUAUUACAAAUAUUUCUCAAGAAACUGUUCAUACUACAAGACUUUAUGGGCUUUCUACUUUUAAGGAUGCUCGACAUGCAGCAGAGGGAGAAAUAUAUACCAAACUUAACCAAAAAAUCGAUGAAUUUGUUCAGCUUGCUGAUUAUGACUGGACAUUGUCUGAGCCAGAUGGAAGAGCUAGUGGUUAUUUAAUGGAUCUAAUUAACUUUUUGAGAAGCAUCUUUCAGGUGUUUACUCAUUUACCUGGGAAAGUUGCUCAGACAGCUUGCAUGUCGGCCUGCCAGCAUCUGUCAACAUCCUUAAUGCAGAUGCUACUCGACAGUGAGUUAAAACAAAUAAGCAUGGGAGCCGUUCAGCAAUUUAACUUAGACGUCAUACAGUGUGAAUUGUUUGCAAGCUCUGAGCCUGUUCCAGGAUUCCAAGGGGAUACCCUACAGCUAGCAUUCAUUGACCUUAGACAACUCCUUGAUCUGUUUAUGGUUUGGGACUGGUCUACUUAUCUAGCUGAUUAUGGACAGCCAGCUUCUAAGUACCUUCGAGUGAACCCAAACACAGCCCUUACUCUUUUGGAGAAGAUGAAGGAUACUAGCAAAAAGAACAAUAUAUUUGCUCAGUUCAGGAAGAAUGAUCGAGACAAGCAGAAGUUGAUAGAGACAGUCGUGAAACAGCUGAGAAGUUUGGUGAAUGGUAUGUCCCAACACACAUAGAGUUCACAUCGCUUGUACUCAGUGACACCAGAUCCCUGUGACUGAGCCCUGAUGUCUAACCAGCAUGGGUCAUGAUACAGUAAUUUGUUUACAGAAUUUAAAAGUGUAGCACUGAAAAUACACUGAUGAGGGCUUAAACAAGAAAUCAUAAUAGAUAUCAUUUGUAUGGAUUUUUAAAUAAUUGAAUACUAUUUUAUAUAUGGAAAAAUGUGACAAUUUUCAAUUUUAGGGGAAGAAGGCAAAACUGUAAUAUAAAUCAAGUCAAAAAUUGUAUAUAAAACCAAUUGAAAAUUCAUUAGAAAAACUUAGGCCUCUACUUCUAAGUAUUUUUUCUGUUUAAACUUGAAAGAUGUGUGUAUUUUUAAGUAUAUGGUUUUAGAAUGCAAUCAUGUCUGAUACAGGAGUAUUUCACUGUCGUUUUCUGAUUCAGCUUUUAUUUUCACAUCAAUGUGAUUUAGACAGACUAAAAAUUUUAAUUCUGCUCAUUCUGAGGGGGAAAUAUACAAAUCUUUAAGGCUCCUUGAAAUCAAACCUAAUCCAGUAAGAAUGUAAAUUAUUUGUUCUACUUGGUGAUUUAAUUUAAACAUUCUGAAUAUGAAGGAAAUGUUUUGGAUUUUCUAAGGGUGCAGUGUUGUUUCUGCUCUUCAAAGUUGGUGUAUCUGACUAUAUUGCUUGUAGCUAACCCCAGUCUAGAUUGGUUUGGUUUGGUUUGGUUCAAGUUAGGAAAGGACAAGUUAAUGGGGACUAACCACUUCAGAUGAGCUUGUACUGGAGUAGAUGUGUUCUUCCUACACACAGAAAUUACCAUGGGACUCAGGUUAUUUUCUUCAAACAACAGAUCUCACUACCAUAUCCUCACUGUGGAAACAGACCACAUCAACUGAAGUCUGGAGAAUCUAAAAGAGAUGUAUGUUUUUCUUUGUGUAAGUUGAGGUGAUCAAAAUGACAAUGUAAAUCUUUAAAUCUGAUCUUUAUUUUCUCAUGCUGUAUGUAUGCUGAAUACUCCGUUUGCAUCAUCAGGAUUUAUACCUUAAAAAACUAUACCUGUUCUGUAAAACAAAUGUUAAGAACUAUGUUUACAUCUCUUGAUUUUGUGAUGAAAUAUUAAAGAUUGAGCGAGUUGUUGAAAAUGCA